AUGUCUUCCCCUCAUCGAUUGCCCACCUCACCUAAAUUUCGACGGACUAAGCUAAGGACUCAGGUCCUACCUGAAAUCCCCACAGUUAAGGAGAUGAAAAUGUGGGAUAAGCAAACGGUGCUUCACGCAGCGAUUAACGGUGUAGUCUUUUUGGACACCAGUUACGAUUUCUUCCGUAAAGAGUGUGGCAUCUCUCCUGGACCCAGUCUAUCGCUUACGCGUUUUCGGGACGAAGUCUUGAGCACGGCCACUCUAUCUCCAAAGGACAAGAGGAAGAGAGAUGAUGAAUCUGUCGCACCGGAAUCACCCACCAGCAAGCGGUCGAAAAGAAGAUACCAGGCACAAGAAAAACAAAAAGACCGUGCUGAUAACGAUGAUAAAGAGAAGAACGAUUACCACCACGACCCUCUCGACCACGACCCUUACCACUACGACCCUCUCGAUCACGACUUUCUCGACCACGACAAUAGCUAUAGCACCGAUAACGCUGCUAGCUAUAAAGAACUAGACUUGGUUCCGCCAGAAGAAAUACCCGAGCAUAGCCGUCAGACAAGGAAGCUUAUUGAAAAGAUAAUAAAAGAUCUCCAUACUGAGUAUUGCAGCCGGUAUUCUGCUUCUACACUUACCUCCUAUUCCGAGUUUCGUCUGCCCGGAGCCGUCGCCCUACUUUCCGAUCCCAAGAGUGUACAUGUACUUCCGUUUCCAAUCGUCAAUAUGUGCACACCUGCUCGAUUUGCGAUUGGCAAAGAAAAAGUUUGGCGAUAUACGGGGAGAGAGAUAUUCCCAGAACUUCUACGUGAGCUUAAGUUUAUACGGCAGGAAUAUACGUACACAACGCUCUGGGUCUAUGGAACCAGGGGCUAUGGGAAAUCAUACCUUCUAGCGGCACUUGUCUGUUAUCUGUCAGCUCUCGGCGAACAUGUCAUAUAUAUUCCUGAUUGUCGCGCCUGGCUCAAUGAUCCCAUUCAGAUCUUUCGAGUAGCAUUGUUGUUUGCCUUUACCGACGAGGCGACACAGGAUGAGAUCACCAAACUGGACACGAUGAAAAAGAUAGGACAAUUCUUGGAUGACAUGGAAAACCGGAAACGCCGAAUCUUUUUUGUCUUUGAUCAGAUGAACGCAAUAUGUGUGAAGGAGAGUGAUGUUGAGCACGUACGUUUAGACAAGGCCCGACUUGAAACACUGUCUCGAGCCGUAAGAAACGAGUAUAGAUAUGGAGGGGCUGCUGCACCAAUAGCCAGCGACGGCGGAUGUCGCGUAAGGGCGCUUGUAUUUUCUGUGAUUCCGCACGUCAGAACCAGAAUGAGGCUUAACAGCGCCGGUAUAGAACUUACUCGAGUGGAAGUCGCUAGCUAA